AUGAAGCUGUUCAUACUUGUUGGACUUUUAUUUCAAAUUUGUAACUGUGGCCCAGUAAAAUUCAAUAAGACAGAAUUAGUUGCGGUACCAUUAUGCACAGUGAAUACCACUCACAAUGUAGCAAGUUUUAAUAUAGAAGAGUUGGUGAACGCAACAUGGUUUGGCUUGAUUCGUACGACAUUUAUCUAUGGAUCGAAUACCUGGAAAAAUGUUGUCAUACAAGGUUCUAUAUCAAAUGAUACAAUCCAAAUUGAUUUUAUUGGCGAAAACAGCAUGAGUGAAUGUGAAAAAUCAGAAUCUCUUUUUAUUAAUUUGAAAUCAAAUUCAAGUGGACAAAUCGAUACACGAUGGCAGCAUCAACAAGGUUUUAUUGAAAUAAUAUCGGCACAAAAUAAUAGCCAAGUUGAAUUGUUUCUAUGUUACUCAUUGAAUCCGAAUGACACCAUAUGCCCAUUGAAUAAUACUGAAUUAAUAGUGAUAACACGCGAUACAAGUAAAAACGACAAUGUUAUGUUUAAGAAUUGUGCAAUAAAAAAAGAAGAUAUUGUAACAAGUGACAAUUUGAUGAAGUGUCUUCUUCCAUCUACCAGAUCAAAUGCCAUUGUUCCAUCAGUAAAUAUCAGUUUGAACACGUCAACUAUUUCUCAAACUAAUGAAACUGCUAUUGUCAUAGAAGGAAUUAUAACCCAUUCAAACUAUACAGUCGAACGGCCAACAGUGCUUUUAAUCAAUGUAACGAAACUGAAUGAAACAUUAGUUACAAACGAUAGUGCUGUUCGAUCACCAUUAGCUACAACACUGCCAACAGCAACAGAAGGUUUUGGUAAUGAUUUUACAACACGAACAAAUCGUCGACAUCGACUUGAAAUUGUUGAAGAAUAUUAUAAUAAUAUGAGCACAAUAACAACAACACAAGAUACAAUUGAUGAUAAAAUAAAGGUGACAAUGAAAAGCUUAGCAUCAACAACUAUGGAAAUAAUGGAAAAUUCAACAGGUAUUGAAGCUGUCUCACCCUACGCUAGUAAUCAAACAACAAAUUAUUCAGAACAUUAUGAAGUAUUAACACAAACUGUUAUUCCUGAACAGAAAUCCAAUGUUACAAUUACCAUUUAUGGUGAAGUUGUUGAAGAAAAAAUCGUGUAUUUUAAUGGUACUUCUAAGGAAACAUUCAUAGAUCACACCACACCUUCAAAUGAAGGUACAGAGUUACCAAUAGAUGAUUCAUCAUCUUUAGUACGUGAAUUUAUGCCCAAUACUUCAAUAAAUACAUUUACGGAGCAAACAGUAUCACAAAACACUUCAAAAUUCCAAGAUGACAAUUCUACUUCCACCGUUGUUGCUGUUGUUGUUGUUGUUACUGGGCACAAUGUUACUCAAACAACAUUUUUGAUGGAGAAUGUAACAGAAAACCUCAAUGAAUCAGUCACUAAUUCUAAUACCACUUCGACUUUAUCAGAGACAACGCUUCAGACAUCACCUCCCUCUACUCAAUCGCCAGCCCAUUGUUUGCCACUGAAAGAUUGUCCAUUCGAUUAUUGUGCAUUUGCUCGAAAAUUUGAUCAUAAUAACUGUCCAACCUGUAACUGUUUGCGUUCGGAUACAUCAAAUAUUACGUGUCCGAUAAUGUCAUGCCAAAGUUGUCUCUAUGGCCAUUACACCGAUCCAAAUGGUUGUCCGAUUUGUCGAUGUCAGUCACGUCCGUACCCCGAUGCUGGCGAACAAUGUCCUGAAUUAAAUUGUCCACCUUGUUAUUUUGGCACAGUGAAAGAUGAAUAUAAUUGUAAUACAUGCAUUUGUAUUCGACCAAAUGCCGAUGAAUGUCCAGUGUUAAAUUGUCCAUUUACAUGUAAAUAUGGUUCAACAAAAGAUGAAGAAAAUUGUCCAACAUGUGAAUGUUUAAAAUCAGUAUUUCCUGAUGCACCCACAUGUCCAGUUCUAAUGUCGUGUCCAGCGUGCCAUCUAGGAUACGUAAAAAAUUCAAAUGGAUGUGAAACAUGUCAAUGUAAAACUCGUGGCUCUGUAUCAUGUGUUCCGGUCACUUGUUACUGUGAAUUUGGUUCAUAUUUAAAUUCGGAUGGCUGUGAGACAUGCAAUUGUUUACCUGAUCCAAAAAAUGUUUCACUACGUGCAUGUUGGGAAUUAGCAGCCGAAGCGAAUUUAACAAACACAUCUGGUCCUCAAUGUUCAGAAGAUGGCACUUAUUAUCCUAAACAAUGUAAUUUUAACUCGUGUUGGUGUGUAACGUCCAGUGGUAUUAAAAUAGGUAAUUUCGAAUCAACAAUCGAAGAGGCAGAGUCAAUGAAUUGCGGUUGUGCUGUUGAAUUGUAUAAAGUAUCAAAUCUACGUUUAAUCGGACAUCAAUUGUUUUGUCUACUUAACGGAAAUUAUGAUCACAUCCAAUGUGUUGGACGAUCAUGCUCGUGUGUUGAUGAAUUUGGUAAACCAAUUGGACCAAGCGUUUCAUAUCAAAAACGAGAUCAACUUCGGUGUGUUGGUGUAUGGCAAAAUUUGUAUCCAGAACGUUUUUUACCGCAACGGAAUACUGCUCGUCCACAAAAUGUCCUGACACCAUCAUUAUGCGUUACGCAUCGUGAACAAGUGUUAAAUUCAACAAUAACAGAUGAUCAUGUUUUAAUUCCUGUAAGUUUAUUUUCAUAA